GGAAUGGGGAACAGCGGGCGCACCACACAAGAAGGUACGUUCAGCCGUGCUGCCCCUCCUUUCCCUCCCUGGCUGCCUCCUACUCCAACCUAGCAACAUACCACCUCUCACCGAUGGCGACGACGAGCUCCCCUCGUCUCCUACCACUCCCCUUCUCCACCUCCACCGGCACCUCCUCCGCCCUCCCACCAGUCUGUCCCUCCCGCCUCCGCUUCAAGCCACUACCACCAGCAGCAGGCCCGGUUUCUACUUUCGCCUUGGACCGUGUCUGCCGUUCUUGGCUCAGCCUCCGCUGCCGAAGCGCUGCCGGACCCUUGCCGCCCUCCUCCGACCCACCGCCUCCAUCUCCUCAAGAUUGGCAAGAGAGGUUGUCAAGAUUACAGGAUACCUUACGGAUAUUCUUUGCAGUUCUGUUCUGGAUGUCACUGUUUUUCUGGGGCAGUGCUUGGGGUGGAAGUAAUAACUCAGGGGGCAAGAAGGGCCAACGAUUUCGAAACAAAUCCAAGUGAAUAUGCCCUAGGAAUGGUUACAGUCUCAGUUUUACUGGUAUAUAUAUAUAUACUUUCCUGUGUUUGUAUGAACAACCAAGUGGUAUUAUACAAUCCUCUAAAAAAAGUGGUAUUAUA